UUUCCCGACCUCAAAAACACACUCUCUCAGUCAUAGCGAUGGGAGCCAUCUCCUCUUCCCGCGAACUCUAAAGUCCUAAAAAGGAUUCCAAUGGGAACGCUUCGAUCUCCAUUGCACGCCAUUCCUUCUUCCUCUUCUCCUUCCUCUUCUCAUCCUGGCUCUGUUGUUCCACUUCCUUCUCUGAUCUCCUCUUGUUCCGUCCAGCCGACCUUAAUUCCUCAACCACAAUAUUUGAAGAUCAAAGCAUUGAAGCUUUACAGGGGGCGACGCGGAUUAUCACAACCAACGACGUUGGUCCACCCGAUUCUUUUCCUCAAAGGCCUUCUCGGUGGACCUGUUGACACGCAGAGUUUUAUUGUCACCGUUAGUGUCGUCGUGGCCAUUGCUCUCUCCCUGUUUCUGGGCUUCAAGGGAGAUCCUGUCCCGUGCGAACGCUGUGCUGGCAACGGUGGCACAAAGUGUGUCUUUUGUGAUGAUGGUAAGAUGAAGACAGAGACUGGCUUGGUUGACUGUCGAGUUUGCAAAGGAGCUGGUAGCAGACCUUCUAUAUGUUGAAGCCGUCUUAAAUGCUAGGGUCACCUGACAUUGUUUGGGCAAGGAAGUGGCAUUAUGGAUUCUUGUUCACAUCACUGACUUAAUGUGUCAUGCUUUCAUAUCCAUGUCAAUAUCAGUUAAAAAAGCUGCAUGCAGGCAUGCAUAUCUAUUCUAUUUUUGCUUAAAUUGGAAACUUUUUUGACAUCAUACAAGUGAUUACUGUAUAAUGGACGAGUGCUACUCCAAUAUGAAUGGUGCUAUCUUCCAAUAUCAAAAGGGGCAACUUGACAUGAUGGAGUCUGGUGCGACAUUUUUUUUCAUCAACUUGAAACCAUAAAGUUAUUACUUUCUUGAAGUGUGUAAACAUUCAAAAUCUGAAAGGCGCAUUAGUUAAUAUAGCAAUUUUUUGUCGCAGAUACACCUGUGUAUGUUUAACGCAUUAAAACUGUAUUUUUUCUUUGCUCAACUCAUUCUGUCAAUCUAUUUUUUGUUUAAUUACUUUGGCAUGAUUCUGGUCUGGGAGUCUCCACAUAGAUUAUGCACAGAUGUUCCUAUUGUAUGAAUAGCACCUGCAUGUGUGAGUUCCAACAGAUUUUGGUUCUCACGCUGUUCAGAAAAGAAAGCUUGCUAUUUUUUCUUUCUUUUAAACUAGUGUUUCUCUUAGAACUUCUACUGAUGG